AUGUCUCGAAAACGCGUGUGCGAGUCACCCCCUAAGGCCCCUACGGCGACGCGUUCCCGACAGCCACCCAGGGAGGUAUUCAACGAGCAGACCUAUAUUCCUGGAUUGUCAGAACGGCAAAGAGUCGAUAUGAUACUUAAGCAUAUGCAUGAACAGCAUCGUUGGACUCUCAAAUCCUUCAUAUAUCACCUAGUGAUGGCACAGCCGGAAGAGAAAAAUGCCCGGUCGGCCGCUUACCGGACACAGAAGCUAUCUGAGGCAAUAUACGAACAGAAGGAAGUGGUCACUGAGUUGCACAAAAUUCCUGAGACUGAAACCACUGAGUCCGUGAGAACGUCACAGCUGGUCGCUCACAUUCGGUCCGAACUGUCUCAAUUUGGCAAUCCCGCCAUCGGGCUCGCUCAAUUUGAUACAGAAGAGUCGGUGGAUCAAUUGGAUAUACCUGGGAUUGCUUCACGUGUACAAGUUGCUGCUCCUCGUCUGUGGGCAUUACUUGUCAGUAUUAUGGCACAGCAGCAUCCUAGCGCUCGCGAUACAUCCAAGGAUUUUCAAGGCAGCGUAUUCAUGAUCUGUGUCAUCUUGGCAUCGGCCUUUGCUCCUCGAACGUGCAACAAGUUUCCAGUGUUGCUCGGCCUGCAUUUACAUUCCAUGGGGGUGAAACGCCGUACUAUUAAUCUCCUCUAUGGCUUGGGCGUUAUUGCAAACUAUAUGACCAUUAUGCGCCGCCGUGACGAACUUGUCAAUUUAGGAAAGGUUGCACAAUAA